CGUUUGGCAGCACAGGAUUAUGUGUCCAGUUGGAAUCCUCACUUCACCACGUUGCAAUCGUUAUUCCAGUGAGAUCCAGCAUGGCUCUAGAGUCCCAUUCCAAUCCCAUGGCCAUCCCGACCUUGAUCCACUUGUUCCCGCAACUCUCUCCCGCCGUCGUGACCGAGGUGGUGGCGAGUCUCUCCGAUGGAAGCCAUGAUUGGGUCCAGGCUCUGGAGCACUUGCUCCUGUUGUCCCCAUCCACGCAUUGGAUCCAAGCCGUGCUCCGGGAGGCCCAACAACAACCCCUGCUGGUUCUUUUGAGAGGCUUGCCCGGAUCGGGUAAAACUACCCUCGCUGAGAUCUUGGCCCAACUGAAACCGGACUCCAACGAGAUCUGCAGUGCCGACAACUUCUUCAUUGGACCCGAUGGGGUUUACGUCUACUUUCACGGCCUCAUCAAGAAGGCCCACGAAUGGUGCCAGAACAAGGCCAAGAAGGCAAUGCGACGGAAGAAACAGUUAGUGAUGAUCGACAACACCCACACAGUGGCUUGGGAAAUGGAAGUCUAUUGCCGAUUGGCCAAGGAAUACAAUUACGCUGUUCUGGUGGUGGAACCCGACACACCUUGGCGUUACAAUCCAACCGAGUUAGCUCAAAAGACCCGUCAUGGCGUGCCCGUGGACAAAAUCAUGGUGAUGGCCCAACGCUACGAGCGGGACCUCACCAUCGAGAAUAUAUGCGCGUCCAUCCCCCGGCACCUUCAGCCCAAAAUGACAUCGCUCAAGAGUCUGAUUCGAAGACACGCAGUGAUCUCGCCCGAGCCUGUGAGCGAACCGAAGCCCAGCACUUCACCCAAACCCCAAGAUGCCGAUUUCCAGUCCAUCAUGCAAUGUUUCCCCACGAUGAACAUCGAGGAGAUCUUUCCCUUGUACCUUCAAAGCCAAGGAGACAUGAACCGAGCCGUGAAUCUGAUCCUCGAGCACCAGGCUGAUCUCGACAACGCCUUGGAACGUGAUGCGCCCGAGGAGUUUUCAUUGGUAUUGGACGCCGAAUUCGCCGCCAAAUUGGAAGCCAGCUUUGGCUCGGUGCGAAAGAGCGGGAACUUUCCGGGGGCCAUGGACUGCAAGAUCCCCAAGUCUUUGGCCAAGGUGAUCUUCGGCUACUGGAAAAGAGAUUACGCCUCUCAACUAACCUUGGCGAAGGCGGAAGAGCUCGAGCAAGUCAAAAAGGGUAGCCUCUUUUCCACGGCCAUGAACAGAAAGCCUUCAGUGUCACCGUCCUUCAAGCACACCAAUGGGAUAGCCUUGGGGAACGGUGUCCAAAAAAUGUGGACCGCUGACGUCCUCGAGCCAGCUAGUCAGGAGGUCAGCCGCCAAGAUAUUGACAUUCUAAAGGCCAAACGCGCCGAGUGUUAUCAAAAAGCGGCACGGGCUUUCAAGGGCAAGAAAGGGGGCGAAGCGUUCUAUUACUCCGAUGAAGGCCGUCGCCUGACCAGUCAAAUCGAAAGUAUGGAGUCCAACUAUCGCUAUCAGACCUUCGUGCAGUCCAACGAGGGCCGAAGCACCAAUUCGAUUGACCUCCAUGGGUUCUCUGUGGAAGAGGCCUUGGAGAAUCUGGAGUGGUUCCUGGAUCUCAAACAGGGACAAUUGGACCGUUCCGUAUACGCCACCAGUCAUUUGGAGGUGAUCACGGGACGAGGCUCGCAAUCCAAAGCCAAGAUCAAACCCGCAGCCAUCAAGUACCUGGAGGAAAGGGGUCUCAGCUUCAACGAGAUCAACCAGGGAAGUCUCCGAGUGCUCAUCAAAAGGAAUUCAGGAUAGACUAGUAGUGUGUAUGUUUUUUUUUUCAUCAGUACAAACGUGCCGAUCCGUACCUCAAACCUUAUUUUUACACACUCGACCAAUGUAACCAAUACAAAACCCGUGCUGCCUUGAAGAAUAUGUGAUGAUGUGAUAAGACUAUGGAGUGACUUUCUCUACAUCGAGUAAAUAAAAUAGGAGCUUAACAUCAA